AUGUUUUACUACCCGGCAGUUUUAACGCGACAUACAGGAUGUUUUUCUACCAUCUGGCUGGUUGCUACAAAAGGCAUCAGAGUUCCUCGAAGGGAUAUCCUAAAAGUGGACGUCAAAAGCACCUGUGAUGACAUCAUGACCUACGUGCUGGAGCAGGUCCCGCCGCCUCGACCUGGUCUGCCACAACCUCGCUUCUCCCUUUACCUCUCCUCCCAGCUCCAGUAUGGUGUCGUCAUCGUCUACCACCGACAGUGUGCUAUUUUCCUGGAGGAUCUUCAGUCUGUCAUGGGCCAGCUGGUGAAAGCGAGGACAUCCCAGAAAAUUGAUUUGGACGACGACAGCAGGAAAGCUCUGGAUUUCCCUGACGCCCUGUCUCUCCUGGAGGAGGCAGAAGGAGCUCCAGACCCUUUAUUCGGAGUGAUGCACAUGCAUCCUGCAUGGGCCAUGCCCAGUCCCAAUACACUGAUACAGAUGGGUCAAGAGUAUCUGAGAGAAGUCCCUCAUGAGCAUCCUGAGUUGACCCCUCCAGCUGCUGCUGCUGCUGCUGCUACUGCUGCUGCUGCUGCAGCAGCUAUAGACAGUGUCUUAACGGCAUCUCCAGAGGACAUUACUCUGAGAGAGACGGAGCCACUCGCUCUCCCUGUUUCAGAGUUUGAUGGUGUGGAGCUUUUUGACCACUAUCCAGAUACUGUUGACUUCCUCUUGGCCCAAACAGAUUACUUCCCAGAAGGACAUGUGGAGAUGCAGAGAGAGGAAGUGGCACCAGGAGAGGAAGAGAGGGAGAUGGAAAGGGCUGGACGAGACGGAGACCUGGAGAAACUGCAAACCAAAGACCUCACGGGAGCGACUAUUGGAUUACAGCCCACCAGCCUCUCCAGUGAAGACGCCAUGCUGUCGCCACAGGAAGAGCCAGGUCCAUCCGUGGAGGAGCCCGGACCCCCCGUAGACCAGCUGACCCCCGUCUCUGCGCCCGUCAUGCCCUCCCUACCGCUUGCAGCAAGGGAACGGGAAAGACCAACUCUAGAGUUAGAGGAUGUGCCUCCCCCUGAGGUGAAGAGGAGGAGGAAGAGGCAGCUGGUCUUCUUUGACCUGGAAACGCAGAUUCCCCAGGAGGUGCUGCAGCAGCAGAUCGACGACCCUAAGACUGAGACCAGGAGUCCGCCUCUCCCGCCGCCUUCCUCUCACAGGAUGCUCUCUGCUGCCGAGCUCCUCAACAACCCCUGCACCUUCUUGCCUGACGAGGUGCGGUCUCUAUGGAGACGGGCUGCCACCGUGACGCCCGUGUCGGGCUCGGAGCUGCGGGUCGGGGAGAGAGGGCCCGAGUCCACGGACUCUGAAGGAGAGCGAGAGGUGAUCGAGGCGGCCACGACAGAGGAGGAGAGGCUUGAGCUCCAGAGGGUCCCCAGAGAUGUGUCAGAGCCAGAGAUAUUUGAUAUUCCAGGCUAUGGUUCACUGCCGCUGGAGGCCUCUGAUCAAAGGGAGGCGUCUCGAGAGAUCUCCCCCAUGUACACGUCCGGGAGAGAAGGGCCCCCCAUCUCCUCGUCUGCUUCUGUGCUAGAGGACAUCCCGGAGGUGGUGGAUGAGCUGCUGGAACGAGCUGAAGCAGAGUCUUCUGGGCUGCUGCCGGAGUUGGCCGAGCAGGAAGCAGAGCCUGUGCUUUUUCAGUCUCUUCUGCCGCCAGGGGUCGACCGCAGAACUGUCAGCGGCAUCUUUCAGAGGCUCCUGGAGAAUUUAUCGGCCAGGAAGGUACAGGCGGAGCAGGAUGAGCCAUACGGGGACAUAUUGAUUUUACCUGGACAGGGCAGAGGAGAGGACAGGACAGGGCAAGACUGA